AUGCUCAAUUUGAACCAGGCUAAGAAGGACGAGUCGGUGGUUUCUGUGGACAGCAGGACUGCGACGCCUGUUAAUGGAGCAGCGCCAGCACAGGUUCAGGGACCUAUUUGGAAGGUGCUGGUUUUUGAUUCGGUGGGCAGGGACAUUAUUUCAAGUGUGUUGAGAGUCAAUGACCUGUUUAAGAACGGAGUCACGGUUCAUAUGCUUCUCAACAGCGAUAGAUAUCCGAUCCCAGACGUGCCCGCUAUCUACUUUGUGGCACCAACUAAAGAGAAUAUCGCUAUCAUUAGUAAGGAUCUCAACGACGGGUUGUACGAAUCGACGUACUUGAACUUCACCAACCCCAUUUCUCGAGACUUAUUAGAAGACCUGGCAGCCAAAACCGUGGCAAACUCGUACAAAAUCGCCCAGGUGUAUGACCAGUACUUGAAUUUCGUGGUCACCGAACCGAAUGUGUAUAGUUUGGGCAUGGAAAAGGUCUACCACAAACUGUCGAGUCCUAAAGUCAAUGAGCAGGAGAUUACCGACAUGGUCAACCAGAUUGUGAAUGGCCUGUUCAGCGUGGUACUCAGUUCAGGCACUAUUCCCAUUAUUAGAUCGCCUCGAGGCAAUGCCGCAGAAAUGGUGGCACAAAAAUUAGACGAAAAGCUUCGUAAUCACUACAUUAAUACUAGAAAUCAGGGUGGUGGUUUAUAUGGUACGGGAAUGGGAUCUGGGUCUAGUGCUGUCACAGGAGGAGCUGCUGGUAUGGGGUCGGAUCCUAAUAGACCAUUAUUAGUGAUUCUCGACCGGAAUGUCGACCUGAUUUCGAUGUUUUCUCAUUCAUGGACUUAUCAAUCACUUGUUCAAGACGUGUGUGAUUUGAAUAAAAACAGAAUCACGGUGGAGACUACCGAUGAUAACGGGACAGUCAGUCGUAAAGCAUAUGAUCUAGAACCCAACGACUUUUUCUGGGCCAAGAAUUCGGGUCUGCCAUUCCCUGAAGUAGCGGAUAAUCUGGAUGCUGCUCUUAAUAAGUAUAAAAUCGAAGCUAAAGAACUGACAGGACAGACUGGCGUCACGGAUCUCGACGAUAUCAAUGCCCUGAGUGCUGGAGCUCAUCUUAAGGCUGCUAUUACAGCAUUGCCUGAACUCACUGCUAGAAAACAGACUAUUGAUAUGCACAUGAACAUUGCCACGACUCUACUUAAAGCCAUUGGCGAGCGAGGACUGGCUCAACUGUUUGAGGCCGAGGAGAAUGCUGGUAAGCAGACUAAAGCGGAUAUUCUAGGACAUAUUAACGACCAAUCGUUUAAGAACUCGGAUGACAAGUUGCGAAUGUACCUUGUGUACUUCAUUCUGACGCCUAACAUCUCGACGGCCGACCAAGCUGAGUACGAGGCCGCUCUGACUGCACAAGGAUGUGAUCUGAGCGCACUCAAUUACAUUAAACGGGUUAAAGACAUGACCAAAAUGAGUACUGCCAUGACCAGUGCUUAUAGCACCAAUAACCAGGCAUCGCAAUCUGCAUCGAGCCAGUCUGACCUGUUUAAAGGUUUUGCUGGCAUCACCAACAAACUUACUGACAGGCUGAAAGACGGGAAAUUGUCGGAAGGGUUUGGCAACCUGAUCUCGGGAGUGAAGAACCUGUUACCUGCCAGUAAAGACAUGGCCAUUACCAAGAUCAUCAGUUCACUUUUAGACCCCUCACCAUCGGGAACAAGUUCCUCAGCCAGUGAAGAUUACCUAUACUUCGACCCCCAAGUGACCCGAGGCUCGCUAUCCAGACCACCCAAACGUAAUAGUUAUGAAGAAGCUAUCGUUUUCACGAUUGGCGGCGGCACCUACUUCGAGUACAACAACAUUCAGGACUGGGUGGCCCGAGUUGGCGGCACCAAAAAAGUCGUCUACGGCAGCACCGACAUCUGCUCGCCCAAGAAAUUCCUUGACGAGUGCGCCGAGCUCGGCAGAGAAUAG